GAAGCAGCUGGUUCGCUGUUCAAGGUGCGGCAGAGAAAAACAGAUACGGGACACCAUCCGCGCUAGCUUACGGCUGGUGCGGUAAACAUUUAUUUUUUUAGACCCCGUUUCAAAACAAAAACCAACACUGGAUGAGAUUUUUUUUAAGUUUAGUAAUCCACGUAGCAUUUUAGAUUACUAAAAGUCAGAAAAAUUGGCCGAAUUGAAGCAGGAAGAGGCCAAUUCCUUUCACCCUUAACCGGAAUUCAACUAAGCUAACGCUGAGAAGCUAAUGCCAGGAUAGCUAGCGGGCUAGCUUUCACAAGUGUGUUCACAAGACGACACCUAGUUCGGAUUGAGACGAUUUUACUCCAAACAACGUUAAGAUGGCAGAUGUUGAUAAGCUCAACAUAGACAGUAUCAUCCAACGUCUUUUAGAAGGUAAGGAAAUGACCUAUAAUAACAACACAGCACUUCACUUACAUCUGCGUGACGGGAUGACGGACACUGGCGGGGAUAUACAGGACAUAUUUACCAACAACAGCGAGGAAACAAACCUCACUGCUUAGAUAGACUAUAUCAGCCAUUUGAAGAGUAAACGAUUAAGUUCACCACAUUUCUUUUAAUAUAUAUAUAUGUAUAAAUUUGAGACUAAUGAUGUUUAUCUGUUUCCACUCAGUAAACAGUCUACUCAAACAAACACCAUCACGUGUCCCUCAUACUUUCUCAGCUCUUAUAUAUACAUAUGUUGUUUGGGACUUUCACCAUCUGUGUGUGUUAAACUAAAGCAUGUUUUCCCCUGACCUUAUGUUUAUGUUGUGAUGUUGCAGUCAGAGGGGCAAAGCCUGGUAAGAAUGUACAGCUGCAGGAGAAUGAGAUCCGUGGACUGUGCCUCAAAUCCAGGGAGAUCUUUCUCAGUCAACCCAUCCUUCUGGAGCUGGAGGCGCCUCUCAAGAUUUGUGGUAAGAACAAUGUAAAAAAGAAAUUUGUAAAUGGAUACUAGUAAAAUUAUAUGCGUAGUAUCUUAAGUAAACAAGAUACUAAAACCCUGAAAUUACUUGACCAAGUACUGAAAUCAAACUCUGCGAGCAUGUGUAAACCAUCACAAGAUGAUCCACUGGACAUAAUUUAUGAGAUGUGGCACUAGGCCAAUUGGCUUGUAAUUUUCAGGCAGCUUUUCAGACAUAUUAGUGCCACAUUAGUCUUGGAAUAUAAACAAAAAUAACUGUGCUAAAUUUUACCACCAUUUUAUGCACAAAGUCUCUGUCCUGCUCCUCUGCUAUCUGCAUGCUGGAGCAUGGGAAGGUGGGGCUGCACAAGGACACCAUGCUCCACUGUUUCAUACACUGGAUAAAAAUGAUAAUAAUAAUAAUAAUAAUGAUAGUAAUAAUAAAUGUUAUUUUUAUAGCACUCUUAAAAACAGAAGUUUACAAAGUGCUUUGACAAACAGUUGCAAAGCAUCCAACCAUCCGUUUUCUACAGCUUAUUCCUGUUCCCGGGGGCUGGAGCCUAUCCCAGCAUCUUCGGGCGAACGCAGGGGACACCCUAGACAAGUUGCCAGUUCAUCACAGGGCUGACAUAUAGAGACAAACAACCAUCCACACUCAUAUUCACACCUACGGGCGAUUUGAAAGUGGCCAAUUAACCUAACUCCACUUCUGUAUGUUUUUGGAAUGUGGAAAGAAACCGGAGUACCCGGAGUAAACCCACGCAGACACAGAGAGAACAUGCAAACUCCACACAGAAAUGCCCUGACCCGGAUUCAAACCCAGGACCUUCUUGCUGUGAGGCAACAGUGCUAACCACUACACAACUGUGCCGCCCCCUGUAAAGCAUCAGCGUAUGGAAAUAAAAAAUAAAAAACAAAAGCUCAGUUAAAAACAAGGCCUCCGAAUUGAAGGCCAAUUUCAUUUGUCAUAAGGAACCCAGACAUACAAGAACCCGACAACAUAAAAUGACAAGAUGUCAGCAACCUCGUUGUAACAAGGUUUUCAGGUUUAAGACUAAAUAACAGGGCUACCAGUUUCACUUUUGUUUUCUGUGAACAAAGACUUGCAUUUUUUGAGAGAUUCAUUCCAUGCAUAGUUAUUGAGCGGCUCACCACUUGCUCUGUCCUGCUUGUUCAGUAGAAACACAUAAAGACUGUGGGAUGUGUUUAAACAUCAGUAAGAUAUCAUUUUAGAUGUUAUACUUUGCACAUCCCAUAUUUACGUCACCUCUGUUGGAUCUGUGAUUUAUUCUUGUCCUGCAGGUGAUAUCCACGGGCAAUACUAUGACCUGCUGAGGCUGUUUGAGUAUGGGGGUUUUCCUCCAGAAAGCAACUACCUGUUUUUGGGCGACUAUGUGGACAGGGGGAAGCAGUCUCUGGAAACCAUCUGUCUUCUUCUGGCCUACAAAAUCAAAUACCCAGAGAACUUCUUCCUGCUGAGAGGAAACCAUGAGUGCGCAUCUAUCAACAGAAUAUAUGGUUUCUAUGAUGAGUGUGAGUACAGAAACCUCUCUGUCAAUCAACCUGAUAAGUGUUUAGGUGUAGCGCAUUCUAUCACAACAAAAGUUAUUUCAUUACUCUUAACAUGUAGAGCAGGUCUGAACUCUACUCUUAGAGGUAUUAUUUACAAAGAUCCAACUUAACGGGAAAAUGAUGCACAGGCAAGACUUAACUAAUGGGUGGAAAGCCAUCUGCCAAGACCCAUAAGGCUGAGAGGGCGAGGGAAACAAAGAAAGAAAAUUAGACCAAAGAAGUAGGGUAAGCUCAGUGUAUUUUCCCACAAUUUUAGGUCUAAUUAGGACAGAAGAAAACCAGUCCUGACUGUAAGCUUUAUCCAAAAGGAAUUUUUUAAGAAAAACUUUGAGGAAAAAUGAUGUUUGUUCCUCCUUGAAUCAAACAGAGAAGAUGCUGCUACUUAAUCAGUCCCUUGUUAUUGCCUCCAAUGAAUCCUUCAGACUUCUGAAAGAGACUGAACUGAGAUCAUCUUUUUUCCUUUUACUUUGAAGGUAAACGAAGGUACAACAUCAAGCUCUGGAAGACCUUCACAGAUUGUUUUAACUGUCUCCCCAUCGCUGCCAUUGUUGAUGAGAAGAUCUUUUGCUGUCAUGGAGGUGGGUGUCUUUAAAAUUACUUAACUCAAAAUUACCUAUAUUUUCAGUGCAGUAAUUGAUGUUUUGAUGCGCAGCAGGGACAUGUGUUUUGAUUCGACUUCUCUCUAAGACGUUGUCACCCAGCAACACAAUAUAAGCAGUUUAAACAAGUUAUUAACAGUUUUAUUAUUACAGGCCUGAAAUGUCAGAUUUUGACCUCAUGGUGAUUGCCUGCUCUUUUGGUCAAAUCUACACUCUGCAGUUUAGUUUGACACUGUUUACCCCCAGACUCUCUGAUCUCAAAUUUGACUUUUUUAUUUGUACUUGAGUAAUGCUUCUACGCAGUUUAACCGACAUAGACGUCAGGCAUGUUUAAAAGGUAUUGACCUCAAUAUCAGUGAGUUAAUUUGUACCUGUUCUUCUAUUCUUUGUAGGACUGUCACCUGACCUCCAGUCCAUGGAGCAAAUCAGACGCAUCAUGCGCCCCACUGACGUCCCUGACCAGGGUCUGCUGUGUGAUUUGCUCUGGUCUGAUCCGGACAAAGAUGUUUUGGGCUGGGGGGAGAAUGACAGGGGUGUCUCAUUUACCUUUGGCUCGGAGGUGGUGGCCAAGUUCCUGCACAAGCAUGAUCUGGAUCUGAUCUGUCGUGCCCAUCAGGUAAUCAAACCCCCCCCCUUCUGCUGCCCUUAUUAACAAGGUUUUUUAGAUAAGCGGGUCACUGGACAGGCUGUAAUAUCUGAUUCAAGGAUUUGGGGACAUUACUGACUGUGCAAAGAACUGAUUGUGUACUUUGGAUGGUUUUAGUGAUUCUGAUACCUGGCACAUGUGGUUCUUGCCCAGUCAGUAGAAAAAAUUUACUCUGUGCUGCACGGAAAAAAAUAAAAACACCAAAAUUUUGUGUGGUAGAAGUGUGUUUCUACUUUCUUUUAACCAUGCUACAACUAAAAGGGAUUGUGUGUGUUUUAAAAUUUGACAGCCUGUAUUAUUUUGUGUCACUUGCAGGUCGUUGAGGAUGGCUAUGAGUUUUUUGCAAAAAGGCAGCUCGUGACUUUGUUCUCAGCACCUAACUAUUGUGGAGAAUUUGAUAACGCUGGUGCCAUGAUGAGUGUGGACGAGACCCUCAUGUGCUCUUUUCAGGUCAGUUGUGUUACCCAAAAAAGACCCACAGUCAUAAGCUACAGGGUUAAAGACAGAGCUGAAAGAACUUAGCAAAGGUGGGGGAUCUAGAGAAAAAAGCUGGUUAUCUCCAGAAUCUCACAUGGGCAGUCUUGUCAUGGUUUUGUGUCCGUAUUGAUCAUCCUUUGUUGACGUAAUGUACCCAAAAAAUUAUGAAAUAGGAAGCAAUGAAAUAUCCGCUCUGUUCUCCUGCAGGCUGAAAUUGUGUCAGGUCAACAUAAAUUCACCUUUGAAAGGAAAUCAAGUCACAUUUUUAUACUUUUCUGUUUCUUUUUUUAAGAUUUUAAAACCCGCCGAGAAGAAGAAGCCCAACGGCAGCCGUCCCGUCACUCCCCCUCGCAACAUGGUCACCAAGCAAGCCAAGAAAUGAGAUGGGGGACAAAUGGCGGGAGGGCUCACUCCUCUAUUCUGCUUUCAUCCUCUGCAUUUGAAGGAUUGAUUUUCCUUCAUGCUGCCAAUAUUGAAAAGAUAUUCACUCCUACUUGAUGAAAGCAAAAUAUUUUGUUGUUUUGUCCACAGGGGUAAAUUGAUAUGUCACCAUGAAAACCUCAGGUGUUUUGCACUCCAUUUUGCAGCUAGUCUUUGCCACAUAUGACUGUUCAAUCAGGAAAAAUGUAACAAUACGGCUACUUAUGCACAGGAAUGCCUUGUUUGAAGCUGUGCACAAUUUUUCAAUUUGUUUUUCAUGUUUUAUCCAUUUGUCAUCUUUUUUCUCACUGUCAGCAAAGGGUAAUAAUGGCUAUAAAACCAAUGGGGGAAAAGUCACAAACACCUGUUUACUUCUGUAAAACAUUAUUUACGGUUUAUUUACAGUCAGUGUCGCAGGAUAUUGACUAUACACUGCAUCAUAACACUUUUAAAUAAGUCUUGUGCUAAAUGAAAUGAAUAAACAAGCACUCUUGUAAUGUCUAAAUCUUUCUAAUAAACUUUGAGUGUAUUUUAGGGGGAAGUUGGUACCUGGGAGUCAUUUUGUUCCUAUGUUGGUUACUCUGCUAGAAUACUUGAAGUACAGAUUCUGAUUUGAUGUGCAAACGCGCUGAGGUGACCCAUAAUAAACUAAGGGGCUUUCCUCAGAGAAAGUUCCUACUGUGUCUGGAACUAUGAAAAGAUUUGUUGGUCAAAAAAACGCCUAAAGAAGGUCUUAAAUCGGAUCAUAAAAAACUAGGGUCAUAAAAGUCUGAAAAACUUGUUUUAUUUGUCUGAAGACCUAAAUUAAUAGAUUUUACAGAUAUGAGACAUCUGCAAGAGGCUUCACUCUCUGUCGAUUACAUUGUACUAAAUACUAUUUUCUGCACAGUUGCAUUCAGGCUUGUGUUGAAUUAUUAUUGAGUAUAUUACAUCUCUAUCAAUUAAUUUUUUCCUGAAUUGCAAAAAACAUGACAUAAUUUGGGACUGAAAAGGUUGUAUGAAGUCCUGAUGAGCAACUAUGUACAGUAACCUCAAUAAACACCCACAAGGGGGAGACAAAAUUAAGUUCAAGUCAAGUUUAGUCUAAAAUAUAGUGAAAUAAAAUCUUACAAAUGUGCAUUAUUUUUAAUUUUACUGUAACAUUUUAUUUUCAGGAGAUGUCCGUUUCUUUUAUAGACCCAAACCCCACACCUCUACCCACAUCUACUUUACAAUCUUGUACAUUUUGUACAAAAUUCUAGUUAAAUGUUUUAAUUUAAAAA